AUAUAACCGGACCAUGACCAUCGGUUGAAAAAAAAAAAAAAAGAAAUAUCACGGAAUUACGAAUGGCGUCCCUUCUCAACUUCACCGCCAUGUCAGUAUCUCAACAGCCACCAGAAUUUUACUUGAGAGGCAACACUACGCCUACUUUUACGACGAAAAGGAGAGCCAAUUCUGUGUCAUUUGCCGUGAACUCACCGGAAAAGCCUGAAAUCGAGCUUGAAUUCAUUGGUCCGAAAGCGGGAAGUGAUGGAUCCUAUCCGGUGGACAUAGCUAAAGCGAUAAGUGGAGAGAAGCUGUUGAGGAACAUCAUGUUGGAUAACAAGAUUGAGCUUUACGCCACGUAUGGGAAAGUGAUGAACUGUGGAGGUGGUGGAAACUGUGGAACUUGCAUUGUGGAGAUUAUUGAUGGGAAAGAUCUUUUGAAUGAGAGAACAAAUACUGAACUCCGCCAUCUGAAAAAGAAGCCUGAAUCUUGGAGACUAGCUUGUCAAACUAUUGUGGGAAAUAAAGAAAACUCUGGCAAGGUUGUAGUUCAGAGGAUACCCCAGUGGAAGAAGUGAUAAAGAGAUAAGAAGUACACUUUGUCCAACAUCUGCUCACAUCAAGGACUCCUCGCAACCAAUUCAAACUUGUAAGAAUAAUGCUUGUAUAUUCAUGUGGAUUUAUCAUUAGUUAACUGAUAAUUUGCAUGCUGUACUUCUCAUUGUAAUACAUGAUAGGAGUUAUAAAUGAUGUAUAAAUAUAGCAAAACUGUUUGUAUAACAUUUGUUUGCUA